CGUCUGUUUAAGGAAGAGACGACCAAAAAUUACUUUUAGUAGAUCUAUCUUUGGAGUUAAAAAUCAGCUUAAGAUUUAUUUUUUAAAAUGUCUCGAAGCAUGAUGCCGGCUCAGCAAAAGUUGGCUGAAAAGCUGACUAUUCUAAAUGAUCGCGGAAUCGGCAUGCUCACAAGAAUUUAUAAUAUAAAAAAGAUGCUUGGAAGUCCUGAAAACAAACCAGCAUUUUUAAAUGAUAAAUCCUUACAGCCAGCUAUAGAAAAAGUGUUGUUGAAAAAGUUUCCUCUUUAUGACAGCAAAGCAAGCCAGCUCAAUGUAGUUAAUCAGAUUAAAACUGAUAUUAUCAAGAGCCUUUCUCUUUACUACUACACAUUUGUAGAUAUUUUAACACUAAAGGAUAGUAUUGUUGAUCUUCUAACCACCAUUGAUGCUUGCCAAGUUCAAAUGGAUAUUACGCUGAACUUUGAUCUGACCAAAACCUAUCUGGAGCUAAUUGCAACUUAUGUAUCCAUAAUGAUUCUUAUGUCAAAAGUUGAUGACAGGAAGGCUGUGUUGGCACUCUACAACUGUGCUCAUGAAUACAUGCAUGGUAAAAGUGACCAGUCAUAUCAUAGACUUGGACAGAUGUGUCUUGAGUAUGAUCCUCCCAUGAAGAAACUAGCUGAAGAAUUUGUACCUCAUGCUAGGCAUUUGAUGCCUGCCCUGAUGUCCCUUCACAAAGUUUACCCUGUUCGCAAUGUACCUGCUGAACUGAUGAGAAACAACCAGGUUCUUGCCAUUCUCUCUGAGCCAGCUAAAAUGGCAUCUGUUCCAGUCACUGACAUGAUUCAGUGUGAAUACUUAUCUCUUGAUGCUGUUGAAAGAUGGAUUAUAUUUGGACUGAUGUUGUGCCAUCAGAGCCUGGGUGAUCCCCUGCCCUGGGACCUGUGGAAGCAGGCACUCCAGGGCAGUUACAUCAUCACUCUGUGCCGCAACGAGGUCUUGCACACCCACAGCUACAUCAUCAGUUUCUUUGAGACUCUGAGGGGGCAGCACAAGAGGGUAGCUGAGUUAAAGGAAUUCCAGGUUCAAGCUUUGCAAAACUCGCCAGCACUACACAGAGAAAGGCGGAAGUUUUUACGCAGCACUCUAAGAGAUCUGACGCUUGUCUUUACUGAGGAGCCAGGGCUGCUAGGACCAAAGGCUAUGUACAUCUUUCAAGGUCUGUCUUUAGCCAGAGAUGAGGUACUCUGGCUGUUAAGGCAUGUAGUCAACCCACCCUCUAAACGGCAUAAUGUCAAGAUGUCUCCUGAGGAUUUUUAUGAUAGGCAACUUCCUGAGCUACUGUUUUACAUGGAGGAGUUAAGGGGUUUGGUAAAGAAGUAUAAUGAGGUGAUCCAGCGAUAUUAUGUCCAGUACUUAUCUGGUUAUGAUGCUGUCUAUCUUAAUCAACUUAUUCAAAACAUCACAAUGUGUCCAGAAGAUGAAUCAAUCAUCCUCUCUUCCUUCUACAACAGUAUAGCAGCCCUGUCAGUUCGUCAAGUGGAAAAGAAUGAGCUAUUUGACUUCAGAGGGUUCAGGCUUGACUGGUUUAGAUUACAGGCAUACACCAGUGUCAACAAGGCAGGCCUGGAGCUGAAGAACCACCAGGAGCUGGCCAAGCACAUGAACACAGUCGUCUUCCACACCAAGAUGGUGGACUACCUGGACGAGAUGAUCAAUGAGACGGGGGAUCUGUCCAUCUAUUGUUUCUACACCACUUUGUUUGAGCAUCAGUUCAAGCAGUGUAUGGAGUUUCUGGCCCAGCAUCGCUACAGCAUUAUCUUCCCCAUGAUCUGCAGUCACUUUAUGAAUGCCACUCACAGCUUAUGUCCUGAGGAGCGCCAUUCCAUUGGCACCACGAGCGUGCAGUACGCCCACUGGUUUCUCCGUGAGAUGUCUGAGGAAGUUAACCAAGUUAUUACCUCCAUUUGUGAAGAGCAGUGCAUGCUCAAUUAUAAGCUGUUGCCAAAGCACAGUGUGACAGCUAUACUGUCACAAAGACAAAAGGUCAAGGACAAAAAAGAAAAAAAGGUUCAGGAGCCAGAAAAACCUGGCCAAGAGAGUGUGAGAAAAAACAGGGAAAACUUUACUAGAAUGGACAAACUCCACAUGGCUCUGACUGACCUAUGUUACGCCAUCAACUACUGCACUGUCAUUCAAGUCUGGGAUCAUGGUUUUGUUCCGCGAGAAUUUUUCCUUCAACAUUUAGAAACUAGAUUCAACAAGGCUCUAGUGGGUAUGAUGAUGUACAACCCUGAGAACAAUGAAAUAGCCAAACCAUCGGAACUUCUUAAUGGUGUCAGGGCCUACAUGAAUGUUCUACAGAGCAUUGAGAAUUAUGUGCACAUAGAUAUAGUGAGAGUGUUCAACAAUGUUCUUCCCAUGCAGACCCAGCCCACUGAUGCUAAUGGGGAGAAGACCAUCACACACAACUACACCCACUGGUACCUGGAGGUGCUGCUGAUGAGGGUGGCUUGUAAUGCUGGCCAGAUUGUGUACUCACCCAGCAGGAAGGCUUUUGUGACUGUGUCUCAGGGGGACGGCUCGGCUCUGGCGGCGGAGGAAUAUGCAGAUCUUACAGAACUGCGAGCACUUGCUGAAUUGAUAGGACCAUAUGGCAUGAAGUACUUGGGUGAGAGGCUGAUGUUGAAUAUAGCAGGACAGGUUGAUGAAAUCAAGAAACUGGUUGUAGCCAAUAAGGACACCCUAGUACAGCUGAGAAGUAGCUUUGACAAGCCUGAUGUCAUGAUGGCCUUGACACGCAAGCUUAUGACCCCUUACAAGAAUGCACCUUGUGAUGCUGAUGUCUUGUUACUUAGAAUGACCAGAAUUGGAGUUUUGCUUGCAUUCAGGUCUUUGGCUCAAGAAGCACUAAAUGAUGUGUUGGAGCAGAGAAUCCCAUUCUUGAUGGGAUUCAUUCGUGACAUCCAGCACCACGUCCCCAACACUAAAGAUUCCAUGCCAGUGUCACUCAAACAACAGGUGGUCAAUGAGUUAGCAUCUUCAGCUGGUGAAAAGUGUAGCGUGGAUCCUACUCUGUGUAAUGCAUUGCGCACACUCAAAAGUGCCUAUGCUGAAGACGAGUACACCAUUGCCUGCCUGCUGUUUGUUUUUGUUGCUGUUUCAAUUCCAAAACUGGCACGCACUGACCUGUCCACAUUCAAGGCUUCCAUAGAAGGUCACCAGAACAACAGCCACUGUCUGGCCAAGAGCAUCAAUGGUUUGGCUGGGGCAUUGUUUUCACUGUAUGGCCCUGGUGAUACAGAUUUGAGACUACAGGAGUUCUUAGCUCUGGCAUCCUCAAGUCUUCUGCGUCUGGGUUUUGAGAACGACAGAGAGGCUGUGAAAAACAGAGAGUCUGUCUACUUGCUGCUUGACCAGAUUGUUCAAGAAUCUCCGUUCCUCACGAUGGAUCUGCUGGAGUUCUGUUUCCCUUACGCUCUGCUGCGCAAUGCCUACCACAGUGUGUAUAAGGCCUCUGCCACUGAUAUGUGAUGGCACUGACUUGUAGAGUAGGACUUGUAGAGUUAGGUUAGUGAUCUGAUCCUCUAAGGUUUUCAUAAUUUUAAUGAAAACUUUAUAGAAUUAUUAUAAUCAUUUUACACAGAAAAAUAUGGCAAAUUGUGAACUUGAAAGUCUUUUACUACAUUAAAUAUUCAUUGUAAAAAAUUGAUUUUACAAAAUUAAAUUUAAAACCUGCUCAGAUUUUAAAAUGAAGUUGUCAGUUUAUCAGUGAAAAUGUAGUAGAGUUGUUAAAAACCAAGAUUAGCAGUUUAAAAUUUUUUGUUGCUAAACCAAGCAAGGAUAGUUUAAGCUUGGCAUUGUUGUGAGUAGAUGGAGCUGCCCUUAGAAUAACUGAAUUUAUUCCAGUGUUGCAGCUGGAUCACUUUGUUGCCCCACACAUUAGUAGUCAUGGAGCCAGAAACAACAUUUUACAGUGCAAUCAGUUUUUUUAUAUCUUAAGAUAAUGAUUUUUUUUUUACAUUGUUACAUUUUUGUUUUAAUAAAAAAAAAUUAUUUUUUAUCCGCUUAACAGAUAAAUUUAUGUACAUUUAAUUAAUAGUUAGGUUAAUUUUAAUGGUCAAUUUAUUUGUAAAUAGACAACAAAAAAGGUAGUGUCAGUUUUUUAAAUUAUCUGUGGAGUGGUUUUUUUUUUAAUUUAAAAAAAAAUUUCAGUAAUAAAUAUAUGCGAAAGAUUUUAAAAUGUUAUUUUAAUGACCUUGUAAAUGCAUCAAGUUCUUGGUAUUGGCUUAGUGAGAGCUGUUCCUGUACACAGUGUAAAUAUUAAUCCAUGUUUUUAAUUAACUUAUAAUCUGUACAGCAUUAGCUGCACUGGUUGAUUUUUUUUAACUAGAUCUAAUUAACCUCUUUGUGAUGUGUAUGCCAUGUAUUUUCCAGUUGGUUUUUUUCUUCUUGCUCUGGUCUAUUUGAUUAUGAUACAUUAGGAAAAUGAAACCGAAAAAUUAUUUUGGAUUUUUUUUUAUAAACAUUUUGUAAAAAAAAAAUUGUUAAUGUUUUUUUUAAAAUCAUUUUAAAAUCAAG